AUGCUUCCUAUAGAGAUAUCCCGUUCUAUAAGCCAACAAUGGCCCUGUCGCGAGCUCCAAAGCCGCCAGCUCGCCAGUCUUCUCAGCCCUCACAUCGCUAGCCCAUCUACUCUAGUCGUUCACGGAAUAUCUGCAACCUGCAAAUCUACCAUCGUCCGCGCCGUUGUUUCCGCCCUACAAGUUCCACACACCAUCGUCCGCAGCACAGAGUGCAUUACAGGCCGCCAUCUCCUUACUAAGAUCCUAUGGACGACUCUGGAGGCAUUAGGCCGGACGAACGAAUGGGAGAAAUUUGGAAAAGGACGGUGCGAGCAUGUCAGUGCGCUGGCGGUACUGCUGGGGGAGAUUCUAGCGUCCUCGGAGGAUGGGAAGUUCGUGCUGGUACUGGAUGGGAUUGAUAAACAACGGGAGGCUCCGCAGACGUUGCUGGCGGCUUUGGCAAGACUUGGGGAGGUGAUUCCAUCGCUAUGUGUGGUGUUGAUUCUGAAUUCCACGCCUCGGCCGCUCUUCUUGCAGGCUGUGGCCGUUCCGCAUAUCAGCUUCCCGCCGUAUACGAGGAAUGAAGCAACCAGGAUUAUCUUGAAUGCGGAUUCGCCAUUUGUGGAGGGAUUACCGGAGGAGGUUAUCACUAAGGUUUACCCGCAGUUCGUGCCUACGAUUUUCGACUCGUUGGUUGGGCCUACGGCGAGUUCGAUUCCUGUAUUCCGGUCGAUAUGCGAUAAACUGUGGCCGCAGUUCGUGGCGCCGAUAGUGAAUGGCGAGACGCCACCUGGAGGGACUGGAGAAUGGGACUUCACAAGGCUGCUCGUUCGGAAUCGAUCACUGUUCCGGCAGCAGGGUGAAGCCGCGCUGGUGCAUCAUAUCGUUCCUGAAGAGCCUACGCAGGUGGCUGGCACAAUAGCAAAGCCGUCGCUGAAGGCUGUAUCCGCACCAUCACCUCUCCCAUCCCUACCAUACUUCGCAACCCUGAUCCUCACAUCCGCAUACCUGGCCUCGCACAUCCCCCAACGUCUCGACACGAUCUUCUUCUCGAAAUUCUCCUCAUCCUCACUCUCCGCACGAAACAAGCGCGCGCACCAUCGUCGCCGUUUAAAGCUGCUAUCCCGUGCACAAGCAGAAGACAACAAAGCCAUCGACCCCUCAACGCCAAAGAAGGGCAAACGCCAGAAAACACGUAUCACGAAAUCCACACUCGAAUCCGCCUUCGCCACUACCUCCGCUACCACAUCCGCGGUUGGCGGUGCACCUGGCGUGGCAGGUCCGUCGACCAUCCUCACUGCACGCCCGUUCCCUCUCGAGCGUUUGGUCGCCAUCUACCACGCCAUCGAUCCCAAUCCGCCCGCGAAUCCGAUCAAAGUGGCUGCAGUAUCGGAUGCAAUAUAUGCAGAGCUGGCUACAUUACGAAGACUACGACUAGUCGUUCCCGCCGGGGCAAGGGAUAGCAGUGGUGGAAGCGGCCGCGUUGGCGGUGGCUCGUCAUCUGGAUCAACGAGUCUGAGCAGUGGGAAUACAACAGCCGAUGCGGGUGAUAAAUGGUGCGUGAAUGUAUCUGGUGAUUGGAUCGGGGAGGUGGCGAAGGAGGUAGGCGUUGAGGUUGGGGAGUGGUUAGCAGGUGGAUUAGAUUAG